AAAGGGGUUUAAAAAAAAAAAUAAAUAAAUAAAACAGUUCCGUCAGAACCCCUUUUUCGGUUUUUUCCAUUUUCAUGGCGAAUAACAACAAGCAACCCUUGAUUGCCUCCACCGUCGUCGCGGUGGUUCUGUGCCUCUUCCUUGGUGUCUUCGGAGCAGAGGACGGCGGCGCCGCCGCAGGCGCAGCCCCAAGCGCAGGCGGCGCAGCAGCAGGCGGCGCAGGCGCCAGUGCCCAAUCUGUUCUUGAUGCAGCUGCGGACGUUGGGGGGAACGGAGGACCGAUGGCGUGCAUGGCGAAACUGGAGCCGUGCCAGAAGUCUAUGGCGGAUACGUCGUCGGAUCCGCCGCCGGAGUGCUGCACGCCGAUGAAGGAGGUGGUGACGAAGGAGUUGUCGUGCCUGUGCACCCUGUUUCAGAACGAUGCGCUCUUGAGUUCCGUGAAUAUGACCAAGGAUAACGCCAUCGGCCUCGCCAAGAAGUGCGGUGCCCAAGCCGAUUCAGACAUGUGCAAAAAUGUCGCCCUUUCACCUUCGGCAAGCCAGCUCAAUGCAGCAGUAUCUUCUUCAGAUUCUAAGAGUAAGCUUAGUACUCCAGCUAGCGAGGAGGAGAAGUCUGGAGCGAGUAAUCAAAGGAAAUUGGCAUCUCAAUCUGCUCUAUUUUUCGUCGUCCUCUCUUUCCCGGGUUUAAUGAUGUGAUGUGAUGAGAGCUUCAUGAAUUGCAGGAUUAUAUAUACUAUGUAAAAUUAGUACAGAUUAUUAUAACCAGACCCAAAUUCAUUGGUGCUCUGAACAAUUUUGGAAACUCCUUUGAUUCUCCUACCAUUAUCAAUCAAUCUUUCAUUUCUAA